AUGCUGUCUUUUCUUGUUGGUUCAAAGCAAGCAUUUGAAGUCUCCUUAGCCGAUGUCUCCCAAACACAACUACAAGGAAAGAGUGAUGUCAUAUUGGAAUUCCAUGUGGAUGACACAACUGGUGCAAAUGAGAAUCCAGGUCAACUUAAAGUUCAUCCAGGUGGUAUAUUAUGGAAGAAACAAGGAGGUGGUAAGGCUGUUGAAGUUGAUAAAUAUGAUAUUUCUGGUCUUACAUGGAUGAAAGUUCCACGGACUAAUCAGCUUGCUGUUAGAAUCAAAGAUGGUUUGAAGUACAAGUUCACUGGUUUUCGUGAUCAGGAUGUUAUUAGCCUGACCAACUUUUUCUAG